GGGUGACAGGGGGGCAGCUGCAGAUGGAUGCACCGGGCUGCAGGAUGGAGGAGGCGGUGGUGAAGCAGGGCGUGCUGCACCUGCAGCUGCAACAGACCUUCGGCAAGAAAUGGAAGAAAUAUUGGGCCGUCCUGUACCGGGAAACCCCUUGUUCCACCGCCCGCCUGGAGUUCUUUGAGAGUGCAGAUAAACCUUGGAAGGGUGAGAGCAGCCGGCGGCUGGUGAAGCUGAGUGACUGCGUCCAUGUGGCCGAAGCGGGGGGCGAGGUUGGAUGCCCCCGAGCUACGGCCCCAUUCCUAUUGGAGACCACCGAGAAGCGUUAUCUCCUGGCGGCUGAAGGGGGAGAGGCGGAGGAGUGGGUGAGGAGGCUGUGCCAGCUGGCGUUCCCGAGGAGCCAGGAGGAGCAGGCAGUGGGGAAGGACAGACAGCUGAGCUCCGACGGCGACUUCUCCGUGGCUGAAAACUCCCUGUACAGCUCCAGGGGCAAAGGAGUGGAGCAAGACUUUGAGGUGACGUUGAGGGCCACCGAGUCCUCGGAGCGCUGCCGCCUGCGGGGCCGCUUUGUGUUGAGGGCAGGAGAGGAAGCCUUGGAGCUGCGGGGUGUGCAGAGCAGGGAUGUCCUUUACAGCUGGCCCUACCGCUUCCUCAGGCGCUUCGGGAGGGACAAGGUGACCUUCUCCUUCGAGGCCGGCCGGCGUUGUGCCUCAGGUGAAGGGAACUUUGAGUUCGAGACCAGACAAGGCAACGAGAUCUUCCAGGUGAUCGAAUCAGCCAUCGCCAUGCAGCGGGAACGGGGCGGCAAUGGGGACGAAGGCACAAGGCCACACCAACAAACCCAGCUCCCCGAGCGGGUUCAGGAGGAACACCACGCUAAGAGCAUCUACAGCCAACCCUGCAGCCCCCUGACCCACAGCACCACAUUGGCCGGGCCCAAAGCCCCAGAGAAGGGCACGAGGGGGGAUGCUGUGGGUGAAAUGGAGUACGCCGUCCCCUUUGAUACCAUCGCCAAGUCGCUGAUGGUCGGUAAAUUCGGGAGCAUCCUCCAUGGUCCUGCUGAUGCUCCAGACCCAUUGUAUGACAGCAUCCAAGAGGCAGGUGGGCAUCCUCCGUUGCCUCGUCCCCGCGUUAAACCGGAGCACAUCUAUGAUGAGCCUGAGGGUGUGAGCAUCCACACUGUCUACGAUGAGCCCCAGGAGGUGAAGGGCGAAGCGUGGAGGCUGCAGGCAGCCCCUGAGGAGCCUUUGGGGCACCAAUAUCCCUAUAACCCACAGCGGGACGACUACGCCGUGCCCAAGAGAAACGUCCCAUCAAUGCAACAGGGCAAGGAGUGGCUCGGGGACACCGAGUACGACAACGUGGUGUUCCAAUUAGCCAAGAAGAGGAACAAGCAAUGAGAGACCAUGGCCAGCUGUGCACAUCUGGACAGCUGCGGCCGCUGGAGGGCACUGCACACCCACACUAUGGGGUCGGCACUGCCAGGCUCAGGAACAGGGCACGGUGCAACCCAGAACUUGGCAAAGCAUCGUCCCAAAGGGACCCAUAGCAAAAAGGUGGAGGACCCAGGGGUGCACAUCCCUCAAUGUAAGAGCUGGGUGGUGGUGAACAUCCCCAACCCAUCUCCAUCCCAUGCACAAUGCACAGCGUAAGGACCAAGGCAUGCAAGCCGUAGUGGCAGCAACGCACAGCUCUGAGGUUGCACAUUGCACGCUACAAGGGCCAGCUUGCAAGCAGUGCAGGGAUGCACAUUGCACCCCAUACAGGUCGCUCUGUUGCUCCCUGCCAUGUCCCUGCAAUGAGGAUCGUUCCCCAUCACCCCUACAGCUCUUCCACCCAAAGCAAAGCAAAAGCCAUGAAUUAUUUAUGCUCGCUCUCACUCAAUCAAAUAAAUGGUGAGGUGCUUGAGUUAA